CCCACCCUUAACUAUGACGCCCUUAGAGAGCGGCCUGCUGCCCCGUUUCCAAGGACGCGCGCUCCUCCAACUGCAGGCCGCGAGAGGCGCGACCGGGACCCUGACUCGGGAAUCCCCCUCCGCGAGGCACCACCAGACCCGGACUCGGAGCCGCGGGUGCCCGGAGAUGAGCAGCAAUGACUCCUCCCUUAUGGCUGGGAUCAUUUAUUACAGCCAAGAAAAGUACUUCCGCCAUGUGCAGCAGGCCGCGGCCGUGGGCCUGGAAAAAUUCAGCAAUGACCCAGUGCUGCAGUUCUUUAAAGCCUAUGGAGUCCUCAGGGAAGAGCGCAUCCAGGAUGCCAUCAGCAGCCUAGAGAGCAUCCAGAAUCACCCAGACGUGUCCCUGUGCUCCGUCAUGGCUCUCAUUUAUGCUCACAAGUGCUGUGAAACCAUCGACCGAGAAGCAAUUCAGGAACUUGAGAGCAGCCUGAAGGAAAUCCGCAAGACAGCCAGCGGGACUGCCCUGUACUAUGCCGGCCUCUUCCUCUGGCUCAUGGGCCGCCAUGACAAGGCCAAGGAGUACAUUGACCGCACGUUGAAGGUCUCCAGCAGCUCCAGAGAGGGCUACGUGCUCAGAGGCUGGGUGGACCUCAGCUCAGACAAGCCCCACACGGUGAAGAAGUCCAUCAAGUACCUGGAGCAUGGCAUUCAGGACACCAAAGAUGUUCUGGGGCUGAUGGGAAAGGCAACGUACUUCAUGAUGCUGCAGAACUACUCGGGGGCCCUGGAGGUGGUGAACCAGAUCACCGUAGCCUGGGGCAGUUUCCUGCCGGCCUUGGUCCUAAAGAUGCGGCUGUUCUUGGCUCGGCAGGACUGGGAGCGGACAGUAGAAACGGGACACAGAAUCCUAGAAAAAGAUGAAAGCAAUAUUGAUGCCUGCCAAAUUCUAGCUGUGCAUGACCUUGCAAGAGAAGGAAACAUAACCACAGCUGCCAAGCAUGUUAGAAAUCUGAUUAAGGCGCUGGAAACAAGAGAGCCCCAAAAUCCAAGCCUCCAUCUUAAAAAAAUUCUUGUGGUGGGCAGACUGUCUGGGAGGCACCAGGCGAUUCUGCGGCUGGUGUGUAGCUUCCUCGAGCGAACCUUCAUGGCCACAUCCUCCUACGCCCACGUGGCCACAGAGCUGGGCUACCUCUUCAUCCUGCAGGACCAAGUGAAGGAGGCAUCUCUGUGGUACUCGGAGGCCAUGAAACUGGACGAGAGCAGCAUGGCUGCCUUGACGGGGGUCAUCUGGUGCCAGAUCUUAGACGGCCACCUGGAAGAGGCUGAGCACCAGCUGGAAUUCCUGAAGGAGGUGCAGCAGUCCCUUGGGAAGUCCGAGGUGCUGGUUUUCCUCCAAGCCCUCCUGGCUUCCAAGAAGCACAAGGGGGAGCAGGAGGCCGCAGCACUGCUGAAGGAAGCGGCCGAGCUGCACUUCUCCAGCAUGCAGGCCCUCCCCCUGAGCUCCGAGUACUUCGAAAGGCUUGACCCCCUCUUCCUGGUCUGCAUCGCCAAGGAGUACUUGGUCUUCUGCCCCAAGCAGCCCCGGUCGCCAGGCCAGAUCGUGUCUCCACUUCUUAAACAAGUCUCUGUGAUCCUGAAUCCUGUAGUCAAGGCAGCACCAGCCCUGAUCGACCCGCUGUAUGUGAUGGCCCAGGUCAAGUAUCUCUCAGGAGAGUUAGAGAAUGCCCAGAGCACCCUGCAGCGUUGCCUGGAGCUUGACCCCACCUCCGUGGACGCCUACCUCCUCAUGUCUCAGAUCUACCUGGCUCAGGGCAACUUUGCCAUGUGCUCCCACUGCCUGGAGCUGGGCGUCAGCUACAACUUCCAGGUCCGAGACCACCCCCUCUACCACUUCAUCAAGGCCAGGGCCCUCAACAAGUCUGGAGACUACCCAGAAGCCAUAAAGGCACUGAAGAUGAUCAUAAAAUUACCAAUUCUGAAGAUGGAAGAAAGCAGGAAGUUCCAUGGGCCCUCUGUGCGGCCCAGCGAGCGGGUAUCCAUCUUACUGGAAUUGGCAGAUGCCCUCCGGAUGAAUGGGGAGCUGCACGAGGCCACUAAGGUCAUGCAGGACACCAUCAACGAGUUCAGCGGCACGCCGGAGGAGAUCCGCAUCACCAUCGCCAACGUGGAUUUGGCCCUGAGCAAGGGGAACGUGGACCUGGCACUGAGCAUUCUGAGGAACAUCACGCCCAAGCAGCCCUGCUACACGGAGGCCAAGGAGAAGAUGGCCAGCAUCUACCUGCAGACCCGCAAGGAUGUCCACCUCUACAUCGGGUGCUACCGGGAGCUCUGUGAACAUCUGCCUGGCCCUCACACCAGCCUGCUACUGGGUGAUGCUUUCAUGAACAUUCAGGAGGUGAGUGAAGGUCUCGUGACCUCACCAAGUGGCCCCCUCCCCCCCAAAACUUACUUCUCCAGUGAGAGGGAAGAGAGAGACUGCGGACCCUUUCCCCACCAGCCUGAGAAGGCCCUUGAGGUCUACGACGAGGCCUACAGAAAGAACCCACACGACGCAUCCCUGAUCAGCAGGAUUGGGCAAGCUUAUGUGAAGACCCACCAGUACACCAAGGCGAUUAAUUAUUAUGAGGCCGCCCAGAAGAUUAGCGGACAGGACUUUUUGUGCUGCGAUCUGGCUGAACUGCUCCUGAAGUUAAAGAAGUUCAAUAAAGCAGAAAAAGUUUUGAAGCAGGCACUGGAUCAUGACUUUGUCAAAGACAUCCCAUCCAUGAUGAAUGAUGUCAAGUGCUUGCUUUUGCUGGCAAAGGUUUACAAGAGCCAUAAAAAAGAAGAUGUGAUGGACACUUUGAACAAGGCCAUGGACCUCCAGUCUCGGAUCCUGACGCGUGUUCCCCUGGAGCAACCAGAAAUGAUCCCCUCCCAGAAGCAACUGGCAGCCUCCAUCUGCAACCACUUUGGGGAGUACUACCUGGCAGAGAAGGAGUAUGCCAAGGCAGUGCAGUCUUACAAAGAUGCCCUCUCCUACUCACCCAUUGACAAUAAGGUGGUGCUGGAGCUGGCACGGCUCUACCUGCUGCAGGGCCACCUGGACUUGUGCGAGCAGCACUGCGCCAUCCUCCUGCAGACGGAGAAGAACCAUGAGACAGCCUCCGUGAUGAUGGCUGACCUGAUGUUUAGAAAACAGAACUACGAAGCUGCCAUCAACCUCUACCACCAAGUCCUAGAGGAAGCGCCAGACAAUUUUCCUGUGUUGAACAAACUAAUCGAUCUGCUACGAAGAAGUGGCAAACUUGAGGACGCCCCUGCCUUCUUUGAAUUGGCCAAGAAGGUGUCCAGCCGGGUGCCUUUGGAGCCAGGGUUCAACUACUGCAGAGGCAUCUACUGCUGGCACAUAGGGCAACCCAACGAAGCCCUGAAGUUCCUAAACAAAGCGCGCAAGGACAGCACUUGGGGCCAGAGCGCCACCUACUACAUGGUGCAAAUCUGUCUGAACCCAGACAAUGAGAUCGUGGGUGGAGAGGCUUUCGAGAACCUGGUUACUGAGAGCAAGAAGGAGUUGGAGCAGCACGGCGUGCGCACUGCUGAGAAGCUGCUGCGGGAGUUCUACCCGCACUCGGCCUGGGGCCAGACCCAGCUGCGGCUGCUGCAGAGCCUGUGCCUGCUGGCCACCAGGGAGAAGGCUAACAUGGAGGCGGCGCUGGGCACCUUCAUUGAGAUGGCCCAGGCCGAGAAGGACAGCAUUCCUGCCCUGCUGGCCGUGGCACAGGCCUACUCGCUGCUGAAGCAGGUCCCCAAAGCACGCACGCAGCUGAAGCGUCUGGCCAAGGCCCCAUGGACGCUGGCCGAGGCCGAGGACCUGGAGAAGAGCUGGCUCCUGCUGGCCGACAUCUACUGCCAGGGCGGCAAGUUCGACCUGGCCUCGGAGCUGCUGCGGCGCUGCAUGCAGUACAACAAGUCCUGCUGCAAGGCCUACGAGUACAUGGGCUUCAUCAUGGAGAGAGAACAGUCGUACAAGGACGCAGCCACCAACUAUGAGCUGGCCUGGAAGUACAGCCAUCAUGCCAACCCUGCCAGCGGCUUCAAACUCGCUUUCAACUACUUGAAGGACAAGAGAUUCGUGGAGGCCAUCGAAGUCUGCCACGAUGUCCUCAAGCAGCACCCCAACUACCCCAGAAUCAGAGAAGAAAUUUUGGAAAAGGCCCAAGGGUCUCUGAGGCCCUAGCUGUGGUCAGUGGGAGCCAGGGUGGGUGGAAACUAUCAACCUACGGAAGUUUCAUGGAGGGGGUGGGAAGUGGGUCAGUGGAGAAGAGAGUCAGAAAAUGACAUAUUCUUCCCAUUUCUAUAUUGUGUGUGGUUUAUGUGAAUCAUGCCUAAUCUGGUCUAAGGGACAUCCCAAAGCUUUAUGUUUUUAAGGCACAAGAAGCAAUUUUGCUCUGGGGAAGAAAGCUAUCAACCAGCUUAGCUUCCACUGAGCUCACUGGGCAACUUCUAAUGGGCCCCACUUUUAUCCCAGACUCUCAGAGGCCAAAGGGGAACAAAGAGGUGGUUUAAAAAAUACCCUACAGCUAUUUUAAUAUUUUUAUGUUGGCCCGUACAAGCCUCUCUUCUCCUGUCUGGU